AGUUGAUCACAAGGCACCAGCGCACUCUGGGGAAAUAAUACAAGCAAAGUAUUCAUGUUAAAUCCCAAGAGUUGGAUUGACUCUUGGACACAGAAUUACACUAAACUUGCCUUAGAAACUAUGAAUGUGAUAGAUUCAACUCCUGUGGCAUAUUAUAGACAAAAAUUUAUUUGUAAUUUAAAAUAAAUUGCAUGACAUGGUAGACAUGGCAUGUACUUUACCAAAAAAAAAAACGCUUUUCUAAAUAUGUGAUAGAGUUUGAAGUUGAGUGAGUGUAUUUAUCGGGCCCCUCCACUGUCAAUCACUCCACUACUUUCCCAGCCAAUUAUCUGUGGGGCCCCAGCAGCUGCUUCGGACUUUAUCUGUGAACUGUUUACGAAUGUCCUAUCACACACAUUCUGUGGUGCCUGUGUGAGGAACAUGAAAUGUUUCUGUAGGACCACCAGUGUUCAAAGCUCCUGCAAGUCUUUGCAAGCUGGCUCUACUUCUCUACUUCUGUCUGGAAAAACCGCUGCAGUAUAGCCCACCAACCAGCCCAUGUAAACGAUGAUAGGAGGGAAGCUGAUCUUGCCCAUAAUGCUAAUGUCUGUGCUGAGUUUACUGACACUACAGACAUCGUAUGGACAGCACAUGGCAGAGGAGUCCUGCACUAUUCAGAUCCUUGUCCCUGGACUCAAAGGAGAACCAGGAGAGAAAGGACAAAAAGGAGCACCAGGGAGACCAGGACGAGUCGGCCCUCAUGGAGAGAUUGGUCAAAGUGGGCUCAAAGGUCAAAAAGGCAUAAUGGGACGUUAUGGAAAAGUGGGCCCAAGUGGCAUGAAAGGGGUAAAGGGAGACAUGGGGGAUCCAGGUCCAACGGGCGCUAAUGGAGAUCCAGGUGUUCCAUGUGAGUGCACACCAAUGAGAAAGAUGAUUGGAGAAAUGGACAUCCUUGUGGCACAGCUCUCCUCUGAGCUGAAAUUCAUUAAAAAUGCACUGCCCUCCCCUGCAGCUGUUGCUGGCAUAAAAGAAACAGACAGUAAGGUCUAUCUGUUGGUGAAGGAGGAGAAACGCUACUCGGACGCCGAGGCCUACUGCCAGACGAGGGGAGGGCACCUGGCCAUGCCCAAGGAUGAGGGAGCCAACGUGGCCAUCGCAGGCUACAUAACCGAAGCCGGCCUCACCAGAGUCUAUAUUGGCAUUAACGACCUGCACCAAGAGGGUGUUUUCACCUACGUGGAUCUCUCUGCCAUGACAACAUUCAGCAAAUGGAGAAAGGGAGAGCCCAACAAUGCCUAUGACGAUGAGGACUGUGCCGAGAUGGUGGCCUCUGGGGAGUGGACUGAUGUGGCGUGCAACCCUACCAUGUAUUUCGUUUGUGAAUUUGACAAGGACAGUCUCUGAGUUCAGUCUGUGUUAAAGGAGCAGUGUGUAACAUUUCGGGGGAUAAGCAGAAAUGGAAUAUAAUAUUAAUAAGUAUGUUUUCUUUAGUGUAUAAUCACCUGAAACUCAGAAUCAUGCUUUCAUUAGCUUAGAGUGAGCCCUUCACACAUAGGGAGUGGGUCCUCUUCACGGAGUCCGCCAUAUUUGCUCCGCCAUGUUUCUACAGAAGCCCAGAACAGACAAACCAAACACUUGGGCUUCGUCCAAAAUCGCAUACUAUGCACUACAUACCCAAUAUGUGUACUAUCGUUCAACAUACUUUUGUGUGAAUAAACAGAAGCAUGUAUCUUUUCAGACGCACUGAGCAGUAAUUUACGUCGUCACUUUCAGAGAGCCCCCUUGCUGGUUGGAGAUGUGUAACCAUAGUAACCUGUGCCAAUCUCUUGUGACCAAAAUGAUGGAUUGUGAGAAUCAAAGUCUGAAUUAAUUUAAAAUAUAUAUUAUGCCUAGCAAAGUGAAAUCUUAUACACAUACAGUUAAAUUGAAGCGUUAUUGAUGUUACAGAGCUGUCCGUCAAAGUCUGUUAUG